GCGCUUUCUUCGCGGGCGGGAAGGGCGGCGGUUGCUGACGGGGCUGCCUGGACGACGGUUGACGGAGGCGAGGGAAACUGAGGGCGAAAGUUGUGCGUCGUGUUGGCAGGAGGGCCUAGAAGGGAAAGACUGUGCGUUGAUACCAAACUGCCCCCACUCCGUGGGCGGGUCAGGAGAGGCCUUUGGAAGAGCGUCUCAACUCUGACUGGAGCCUCUUCUCUCCCACCGCGGUCAGGAGCCAAAACAGGCCGCCAUUUGAGGCCGUGGUUUUUGUCUAGUGGGACAAUGUCAUAUUAUAAAUUUGGAAUGCUGAAGAGAAAAUUAUAGAUUUUGAUAUUGAAGGAAAUGAAGCGAAGCCUAAAUGAAAAUUCAGCUCGAAGUACAGCAGGCUGUUUGCCUGUUCCAUUGUUCAAUCAGAAAAAGAGGAACAGACAGCCAUUAACUUCUAAUCCACUUAAAGAUGAUUCAGGUAUCAGUACCCCUUCUGACAAUUAUGAUUUUCCUCCUCUACCUACAGAUUGGGCCUGGGAAGCUGUGAAUCCAGAGUUGGCUCCUGUAAUGAAAACAGUGGACACCGGGCAAAUACCACAUUCAGUUUCUCGUCCUCUGAGAAGUCAAGAUUCUGUCUUUAACUCUAUUCAAUCAAAUACUGGAAGAAGCCAGGGUGGUUGGAGCUACAGAGAUGGUAACAAAAAUACCAGCUUGAAAACUUGGAAUAAAAAUGAUUUUAAGCCUCAAUGUAAACGAACAAACUUAGUGGCAAAUGAUGGAAAAAAUUCUUGUCCAGUGAGUUCGGGAGCUCAACAACAAAAACGAUCAAGAAUACCUGAACCUCCUAACUUAUCUCGCAACAAAGAAACCGAGCUACUCAGACAAACACAUUCAUCAAAAAUAUCUGGCUGCACAAUGAGAGGGCUAGACAAAAACAGUGCACUACAGACACUUAAGCCCAAUUUUCAACAAAAUCAAUAUAGGAAACAAAUGUUGGAUGAUAUUCCAGAAGACAACACCCAGAAGGAAACCUCAUUGUAUCAGUUACAGUUUAAGGAAAAAGCUAGUUCUUUAAGAAUUAUUUCUGCAGUUAUUGACGGCGUGAAGUAUUGGCGUCAACACGCACAGAAAACUGUACUUCUUUUUGAAGUAUUAGCUGUUCUUGAUUCAGCUGUUACACCUGGCCCAUAUUAUUCGAAGACUUUUCUUAUGAGGGAUGGGAAAAAUACUCUGCCUUGUGUCUUUUAUGAAAUCACAUGCCACAAAAUGUUGAAUGAAGAUAGGCAGCGUUGGCAAGGAGAGUUUCUGAAACUUCGACUGGAGGGCUCUGCGUGUUCCGGCAGGAAUGGUUUGCCUUCACAUCUCUUCCUGGCUCGCUGUUACCACCUCCAAUUCUGGCAUCUCUCCAGCUGCUGAAGCCCCAGAAUGAACUUCUGCUCAUCUGAUCCACUGUAUAAAUAGUUUCUGGGUUUAUGCACCGGUACUCAACCUUAUUGCCUGUCCGUUUAAUAGCUCAUAGUCUCUUAAUCCCUGCAGUCUUUGGCAUCCUGUCUGGGCUUGAGUAUUUAUUAUGUAGUAGGUGAGUGAAAAAAGCCUGAGAUACUUGGAAGUGACUAAUUUUGUAGAUAAAGAAUCAAAACUUGAACAGAUCUGUAGGCUAAAAAUAGCAGAGACUGAAUUAAAACUUUGAUCUCCAUAUAUUCUGUUGAAAGUUCUCUUCAUUCAACUGUACUGCCUUUUGCAUUUCUGAAACUCAUUGCACCCACAGUCAUUAUCACUCUGUUUAGUUUUGAAUUCUUUGAUGAUUAACUGGAUGCAGGGAAGGAGGCAAAGCUACUGGGCCUAACUCUAUGGCCUCUGGCAAGUCACCUAACCUGUCAUCUGUGAAGCGAGAAUAAUAAAAGCUGGCCUUCCUAUUUUCUAAUCCUGGUCCUGGUUGUCACUGUGGGUUACAUUCAACUGUGCCACUGAAAAAUUCAAAUGAGAACACAGAUUUUAAAAUUGCUUUGUAAAUAUUGUUAUGUGCUAAUAAAAUAAUAAGAUAAAAUAUACUACUGUU